GCCACCGCGGGGAGCGGGUCCGUCCGGGGGGGCUCCCGCCCCGGCGAAACCUCUGCGGUCGCCCCGUGGCCUGAAUAAAAACGCUGACCGGGAGGGGGGAAAAAACAAAGUACAUUCGGUCCUAUCCUCCUCCCGUCCGGGCAUUUCACAUUUAGCAUUUUUCUCCCUUCGCCCUGCUGAAAUGCUGGAUAGCUACUGCAUCCCUGCAUGAACGUUUCCCUGUUUUUGUGUGUGUCUGUGCGUCUUUUGCAAAGGACAUGAUAGAAAGUGAAAUCACGUCCAUGAUGUCAGGACUCCUCAGAAGCGCAGGGCAAAACCACCACCCUUCGCCGCAGGAGUACAGACUCCUAGCUUCUGACCCCUCGCAGCUGAGUGAAGAUGACCUCCCCAGUGACUUACAGUCGCUGUCGUGGCUGACAUCUGUUGAUGUUCCUCGGUUACAACCCAUGGCCAGUGGAAGAAUGGAUUUUAGCCUUGGCGCCCAGAAUGCCAUGCUACAGCAGACAGGUCCUGUGGCAAGCAACAUGCACUCGACAGGAGCAUCUGGAGCAAUGAUUCAUGUCCAGGCCAGCCUGCCACAGGGAAUUCUUGGACUGAACUCUAUUUCAACACAUGGAGCAAAUAUGAGUCAGUACGCUGUAGGUGGGCAGCCAUCUCCUAGUUUACAAACGCAGCAACAGCUCUUCCCUCCUCCUCAUUCACAGCAAGUGUUUGCCAUAGCACAGAGCACACAACAGUGUAACCCAGCAGCAAUCUACAACACGCCCUAUGGGGCCCAGCCACACUACUCGCAGCCUCGCCUGGCUCCCCACUCCGCCCAGGAACUGCAUCCCAAGCACUACCCCAAGCCCAUCUAUUCGUACAGUUGUUUGAUUGCAAUGGCACUGAAGAACAGCAAAACGGGCAGUCUCCCAGUGAGCGAGAUCUACAGCUUCAUGAAGGAGCACUUUCCCUACUUCAAGACAGCACCUGAUGGCUGGAAGAACUCUGUGCGCCACAACCUGUCCCUGAAUAAGUGUUUUGAGAAGGUGGAGAACAAGAUGAGUGGCACCUCCCGCAAAGGAUGCCUGUGGGCUCUCAACCCUGCCAAGAUCGACAAGAUGGAAGAGGAGAUGCAGAAGUGGAAGCGGAAGGACUUAGCUGCUAUUCACAGGAGCAUGGCUAACCCAGAGGAGCUAGACAAGCUCAUCACUGACAGACCUGAGAGCUGCAGGCGGGCCGAUAAACAGGCCGAGUCUGAGGUCCCUACCCUGAACCACAUGGCAGCAGCCCAAGGCCGAAUCUCCGUCUCCCAGCUGCAGCCCCAGCCGAUCAUGACGCUCUCGCUGCAGUCCAUCCCCCUGCAUCACCAGAUCCAGACCCAGGCUCGCAUCGCCCCAGACUCACCCGCGCCUGCCCAAACGCCGCCUCUCCAUACUCUGCCUGACAUAAGCCACAGCCCUCUUCCCCACCACCCUCUGGGCCGCGCACCUCCAGACUUCCUGAACGUGACGACAGCAGACAUGAGCACAGAGGUGGACGCGCUUGACCCAAGCAUCAUGGAUUUUGCGUUGCAAGGUAACAUAUGGGAGGAAAUGAAAGACGACAGCUUCAGCCUCGAUGCCCUGGGUGCCUUCAGCAACUCCCCGCUCCACUUCUCAGACUGUGACUUGGGCACUCCUGGCCUCACCCCCGUCUCCAGUGGCAGCGAUCGCUCCUUCUCAGACUUGCAGGUCACAGGCCUUUACACGACUUACACGACGCUGGACAACGUAGCGUCAGCUCAGUACAUGAACACCCAAGGCAACAAACCCAUUGCUCUGCUCUAAGCUUUGCACCGUUCCAUGAACCUCUAACUCAGGGCCAGUUUCUUCUGACCCUUGAAAUCUGAACAUGAAAGCAAUAAAACAGCUCCUCCUGCAGACACUUGCAGAGUGUUGGCUAUUUACUGGGACACUGCACGUGAUGCCAAAAUAAAAAUCAGACCAGUAGAAUCCCUUCCACCCAUGCCAAGACUGAGGAAGGGACGUGAACAGUUGUGACACAGGACUGGUGAGCUUGUAAGAAGGACCUGGAAGGCAUCAGUCAGUAGGAACCUUUACUAGAAUGUAACGGAGCUAGAAACUAGUCCAGUUAAGGCAAAUACAGUUAAUGACACUGAUCUGGACUGACUGAUCACUGCACACACAGAGGUGAACACAAGACAGUGCUCUGGUCAGCACCAAGUUAGAGUCUAAAACGGGGUAUCACACACUAUGCAUCUUUUUCUUAAAUUGUCAAAUAACUCUUGCCCUCGAACAAAGAUCACAUGCAGUUUCUGGAGAUACUUGCAACACUAACACUUUUCUGACAUAACUGGCUUUUAAUUUAUUUUCAUGAGGUAGGAAAAAAGGAGGGAAAAGAAGAAAAUGAAAAGUCAAAUCUAUAGCAGACAGCUGUCAUCAAGGUUUAAAAACAAAGUCCUUGCCCCAUGAAGGAAGUGGUACUACUGAAUUAUUAAACUGAUCACUGGCUAGAAGUUGUAGGAGUUAUGCCUUUUUUAGGAUUAAAAAAAUAGAAUUGUUUAUAGUCCUGUAGAUUGUGCUUCUGUCUAUUCUUGUGCUAGGCAGUAUUACUGUUUGUAAAUUUAUUUAUAUUUAUUGUAAUGAAGAGAAAUUAUGUAAACUGAGCACUGUUCAAUUUUUUUAAAUGCUGCAGUAACCUGGUUUACAUCAACUAAAUUAUUCAUAACCAAUAAUGCAACAAUUUUAAUCACUUUUGUUACACUACAUUUCUUUUAAAUGAGCACUUUUGAUACUGUGAAACUCAUGUUUUUUAAAAAAUUCAGAGACCAAAUAUUGUAACUGUACCAUACCAAUUCAGAAGUCCUUCUUUCCUAAUUAAUCCAAGUAAAAUUAAUUCUACUGUAGGUUUUUAAACUUUCAAAACCUGCUUUAUAUUUGAUAAUAUAAGUUGCAAAAAAUUUGAAGAAAUAUCGCAAGAUAUGAAGAACAAACUGUAAGAGAGUACUUUGAAAUUUAGCAUUUAGUCUACUUAUACCUCUGUGACCAUGAAGUAAUAUUUAUAUUGUUUUGCCUGUUCCUGUGCAUGAACAGCAUUUCUCGGUCUGUCAUUUCCCAACAGAGGAUCCGCAGCCCCCAGGAAUGCUGCUCUCACACUAAGUAUGGCCAGGGAUGGUUUGGGGCAGGCAGCCUCACUGGGGUAAGUCCAUCUACUAAAAACCAACCAUGAAACAAAACCGCAUGGGCCUUCGCAGGUCUCCGCUGCGAGCCGGGAAGGGGCAGGAUGCCGGAGCUGCCCCGUGGGGACACCGUCUUGCUGAAGACCACGGUUGGGAAGAUGGGGGGUUAGGACUGCACCUGCCUGUGUCUUCCCAGGCACACGAACAUGGCAAGCUCUUGCAAAAAGGCGUGAUGCUCCACGUCAUAAUUUAUUGUUCAAAAACAAAUAUGGUUAAUGGUCAUUCGCUGGCGUCAUCUAAGAUGUCUUCAUUUUUUUUAAAUAAAUAAUAUUUCUUAGCACUAAACCUGGGUCA